UUGUCUAGCCUUCUAAGCCUUCUAGCCAGCGUUGCCGGUGAAAUGAGAUUAAAUAAUGGAAAUGACACAAGUCAAGUAGCUGAUGAUAUAGACAAGGCCUGGUUUCUUGCACAUUCAAUGGUAGAAAACUUCAUCAUGAAAGGUUUUAUUUCUCAUUCAAAAUAUUCACAAUCGGCAGCAUCUAAACUAAAACAUGAUGAGGCAUGUUUAGAGAUUCUAACGAAAAACCUUAAGGAGGCGCAACGUCAAGUCAGUGAGAACGAACAACUCAUAAAUUUGGUAUUAGAUCACUUAAAUUUUAAGUUUUUAAUACAUUUUAAGUGGCUGUAA